AUGGAUUACACGUAUGCUUCAAAGUUAUCAAAGGAAAGUGGCACUGCACUACAGGAUCACACUCCUUACCGUCAGUUAAUUGGUCGGCUUCUCUAUCUCACAAACACACGCCCUGACAUCUCCUAUGCUAUUAGAAAAUUAAGCCAGUUCCUUGACUGUCCAACUGAUGCUCACAUGCACGCAGCCUAUAAAGUUCUCCGUUACCUAAAGGGGUGUCCCUCCUUGGGAAUUUUCUUUUCAUCAGCCAAUGAUUUGAAGCUAACAAGAUUCUGUGAUGCUGAUUGGGCUACAUGUGCAGACACUCGACGAUCCAUCACAGGACAUUGCUUCUAUCUUAGAAAUUCUUUAAUCAGUUGGAAGAGCAAGAAGCAAAGUACUGUAGCCAGGUCAUCCUCGGAAGCAGAAUACAGAGCCUUAGCUUCUGCCACAUGCCAAGCUCAAUGGCUGUCCUUUGUGAUGAAAGAUCUCAGUGUGCCAUUAACUGAAUCCAUCACCCUUUUUUGUGAUAAGCAUUCUGCCAUUCAUCACCUUGCUACUAACCCCAUAUUUCAUGAGCGCACAAAGCAUAUUGAAGUGGAUUAUCACAUUGCUCGAAACCAACAUUUACUAGGUCUUACCCAUUUGAUGCCGGUCUCUUCUAACAAUCAGCUUGCUGACUUCUUAACCAAAGCCUCGGCUUCAGGUCCCUUCACUGUGAACGUUUCCAAACUGGGUCUUCUGGACAUCCAUAAUCUCAGUUUGAGGGAGGGCGUAACUUGA